UGCCAUCUCAGUGGUGGAAAUGUUGGAGUUGGGGUGGGUCGACUUUGAGGUGACAUUGACGCCAUGUAGAUGAGAGUGAAAAAUCCACGCGCUCCAUGUUACGUCCCUGCUCGCUCCAAGUCAGGCGGCGGCAGCUCCGUUCCCCGUCUUCUCUCCCUUCCUCUCUUUCAGCACCACUCCUUUAAGGACAGCACCUCGCUCUCCGAGACGCACUUGUCCACCAUCGUCCCCCCUUUGAGGAUCAGCUUCCUGCUCCCUGCCGCCGGAUGCAAAAGUUUUCACCUUGGUUUUACUUACACCAGACUCAAAGGAAAUAACUUUUUUAUUUUUUUAAUCAUUUGGAUUCUCAACCUCCUGGGGGAACAAGCUGUCAAACCAGCUGAUUUUUUCAGUUGCCGCUCCUGAUCCUUCACGCGCACCGGCUGCUCUCUCAGCUCUUCUCUGGGGGGACCAGGGAAACGGGACGGACAAGCUGCGAUCCGCCUGGACCGGUGCUGAAACCACCACUUCUCCACUGGUCAGGACUAUCCGACCCAGAGUGUCACCAUGGCUACCAACGGGACCAAAGCCUCGGACGGACACGUCCAAACUGAGACAGUGAAUGACGCAGCCAGCACCACGCCAAAUGACAAACCCAAAACGUUGGUGGUGAAGGUGCAGAAGACAAAAAAGGAGAUACCCGAGAGGGAAACGUGGGUUGGGAAAUUUGACUUUCUUCUGUCUUGUGUGGGAUACGCAAUCGGACUCGGAAAUGUCUGGAGAUUUCCUUAUUUAUGUGGAAAGAACGGCGGAGGGGCCUUCUUGAUUCCCUACUUUUUGACGCUGGUAUUUGCUGGCAUGCCUCUGUUCUUUCUGGAGACGGCUCUGGGUCAGUACACCUCCAUUGGAGGACUUGGAGUGUGGAAACUGGCUCCGAUGUUCAAAGGUGUGGGUCUAGCUGCUGCCGUUUUGUCCUUUUGGCUCAAUAUCUACUACAUUGUAAUAAUUUGCUGGGCUAUUUACUAUCUGUACAACUCCUUCACUGCUGAGCUGCCAUGGCAGUCUUGUGGCAACGUCUGGAACACAGAUCGCUGCUACACCAACUACAGCAUCACAGACACCAAAAACCUAACCAGUGCUGUGGUGGAGUUCUGGGAGCGCAACAUGCACCAGCUGACCGAUGGUCUGGAGAAGCCUGGGGAGGUCAGGAUCCCACUGGCUAUCACCCUUUUCAUUGCAUGGGUGCUCGUCUAUUUCUGCAUCUGGAAGGGGGUCAGCUGGACUGGCAAAGUGGUGUACUUCUCAGCAACAUAUCCCUACUUCAUGCUCUUCAUCCUGUUUUGUCGGGGCGUCACUCUGCCUGGAGCUUUUGAUGGGAUUCUCUUCUACAUCACACCAGAUUUUGACAAAUUAAAACAAUCUGAGGUGUGGCUCGACGCUGCCACGCAGAUCUUCUUUUCUUACGGACUGGGAUUAGGCUCUCUCAUUGCUCUUGGCAGCUACAAUCCCUUCAAUAAUAAUGUCUACAGAGAUUCUAUCAUCGUCUGCUGCAUCAACUCCUUCACCAGUAUGUUUGCCGGCUUUGUCAUCUUUUCCAUUGUGGGAUUCAUGGCUCACGUAACAAAGAGACCAAUUGCUGAUGUGGCAGCUUCAGGACCUGGUCUGGCAUUUCUAGCAUAUCCUGAGGCCGUCACCCAGCUGCCUAUCUCUCCUUUGUGGGCAAUUCUCUUUUUCUCCAUGCUGCUGAUGCUGGGAAUCGACAGCCAGUUCUGCACUGUGGAAGGUUUCAUCACUGCGCUGGUUGAUGAAUUUCCUCGGGUCCUCCGAAAGCGUCGAGAGAUCUUCAUCGCUGUCGUCUGCCUUGUUUCUUAUAUAAUUGGCUUGUCUAACAUCACACAGGGUGGAUUGUACGUAUUUAAACUAUUUGACUACUACUCAGCAAGUGGGAUGUCUCUGCUUUUCCUUGUGUUCUUUGAGUGCAUCUCAAUUUCAUGGUUCUAUGGUGUGAACAAAUUCUACGACAACAUUGAGGAGAUGAUUGGUUACAGACCCUGUUUGUGGUGGAAGGCCUGCUGGGUUGUUUUCACUCCUCUCAUUGUGGCUGGCGUCUUUUUGUUCAGUGCAGUGCAGAUGGUCCCGCUCACCAUGGGCGAUUAUGUGUUCCCGGGCUGGGGACAGGGAGUCGGCUGGUGCAUGGCCCUAUCCUCCAUGGUCCUGAUCCCCGGCUACAUGGGCUACAUGUUCCUCACACUCAAAGGCACAUACAAAGAGCGUCUGCGGAUGAUGUUCAAACCCGUGGCGCUGGCGAAGACUCAAGAAAAUGGUCCGGAUCAGCAGCUAGAAAAUCAGAAUCAGAACCCAGCCAACGAGGAGGCCUACAUCUAAACUUAAAACUUGUUUCUGUGGUUCAACGGCAAGACCAGCGCUCCAUCGUAAUCAAGGUUGGGAACGACCACUAGACUUCUAUGUCUGCUUUUAUUCACCUACCUCCUGGGGACACGUGAAACCAACCUGAUUACAGUUAUUUUUAGGGGGUUUUCUGUUGUUUAUUUUUAUAAUACAGAGUUAUAAAAUGUGUGAAGGAAAAUACAAAUUACCCAGCAACGCUGUUGUUAUAUUAUAAAAUUGUAUUAUGCAAAAAAAAAUUUAAUUUUCUUGGGAAAGAAACCAUGACUUAUAGAAAACUAUUGUAUAUUAAAUAUGUACAAUUUAAAUCAGGAGGCUCAUGUUGAAUCAAUACUAUUAUUCAUGCAAGAAAUUAACAAAUACACUAAACCCCGAUUACUGUACAAAGAAAAUAUAAAUAAAAAUAUUCUGUUUUGCACGUUAAAUAAAUACAAUAAAUUAAAUGCUGUGUCGGAAGGAAAACAAAAGUUUAAAUUUAUGAAGAAAUGAUUUAUUAUCCACAUAUAUAAGGCCAAGACAAUAUGGGAAUGUGCAACAGGUAAGGCCAAAUCAGUGUAAACUAUAACUUGGUCAGACUAUCAGACCCUCGCAAAAUCCUUCACACCACCAGAAAUGUUUACCACCCACGUUGGGAGCAGCAUAGGAAAAGCACAAAAUAGAGUUUCUUCUUUUUGACGUGACUGAAACCUGUGACAGCAGCAAAAAUAACAAAUGAAGAAAAACUUAGCAAGAGACUGUUAUAACCGUUUGUUUUGUAAAGAACAAUUCCUUUUAUAGAGUCUGAAUCCUUUUUUUAUUACAGUCAUUUGUCGGUGAUUUUCUAUGUGUGAACAUGAGAGGGACCAAAUCACGCUCUAGCUUGAACAAUUUGUGCGGGAGUUUGACCUGCUGACUGCGUGCAGAUUGAAUAAAAGCACCCCUUUUUGAUGACGUAGAGCAAUAAUUUAGAAGAAAAAACACAUAAUCAGCCUACAAGCACAAGUUUACUCUGUGAACAAUUUUUAAUAAGAAAAAUCCCACAUUUCCACCCUCCAAUCAAAUGGGAAAUUUGAUUGUGGAAAGAAAGCACAUCGUUGCAUUGAUCCAGUGCUAAAUUGAAUUUAUUUUGUGAACUAAAACAGUGCAUAAUGCUGUGUCUGGUGUUUUGCAUUGGAGGAAGUAAAAUGGAUUUCCACUCUUAUUCUAACUGCACUUCUUUACUUACAUACUUGUUUAAUAACACACUCCUCAGGAACAAAGGUAGAUGUGACCAAAUUGUUCAAGACACCACCCUGAAACAUUCAAUUAAUAAAGACUGCAUUAAAAAAAAAUCUAACUAUUGACUUUCUAUCAUCCCCUUUAUGAAUUAAACACGCAGCAAAAGUCUUAGUAUAAACAUGCACAAAGCUGCAUUAAAACCUGAUCCAAAUUGUUGGUUCUUGCUGGUGUUUCAUCUGUUUGUGGCCUUUUAAAUAGAAAAUAUCACAUGUUUUGACUCUGUACCAAGUGCAGAUAUUCAUUAUGAAACUUGGAGCGAGGAACUUUGGUUCAAUCAGAAAUUAAAUCUGGCAAAUGAGCGUAACCACAACAGAACACAGUCGGAUGUUUAACAGAUCAACGUCACUGAAAAGAUCCCUUCUCAAGCGAGAAAUUAAAACCUAUCAUUUCACUGAUUCUGUACAAAACUGCAUGAUCGAAAUACAUGUAAACCAUAUGAAUAUGCUACGUUUGUGACAAACCGCAAGUAUCACAUAGAAGGGUCAAAAGAAUUAGCUUCAGUGGCAGCUACAUGCGACAGGAAUCAGGUUGAAUCAGUCCCGUUUUUUCUUUCAUCUACAUUUUUCUUUCAAAGAUAUGUGAAAUAAAAUGUGCAAUGACAAAAGCGUUCCAUGAGUUUUGUACAAAGUUACCAUUCUGCAGUUUCUCUCUUGAAUGAUGUUGUAAACUAGACUGUGUAAUACAUGUAUCUGUGAAUGUCCGUACAAGCCGAGUUUAUUUUUUCUUUUUAUUACGUCAAAAUGUUGAAUGAAAAAUGUGAUAUUAUUUGCUGUUUUCUGCAAUAAUACUAUCUCAGAAACUAAGUCACAUAUCUUUCUCUCUGCUGAAAAAAAAAAUGAUAAUAACAUAUUAGAAGUAAUAAUAUUAAAGAUUAUAUAUAAUAAUUUAUUAGAAAUGUCUAGUCAGAGAAUAUUGUUUUGUAUAUUUUUAGCUGUUACAUGGGCCUAAUGUAAAAUAUUCUAUGUAAAAAUAUAAUAAAUGUCUUUAGAUGGUGUUAUAUGAAAAAGCAUGAUUGCUAUAUAUGUUAUCUUCAAAAAUAAAGAUCUAUAGAUUAUAA